AUGGUCCUCUCUCAUUCUCUCUCUCUCUCUCUCUCUCUCUCUCUCUCUCUCUCUCUCUGUCGUAUUCCUAUAGAAUGUGAGCUAUCACGGUCCUCUCUCAUUCUCUCUCUCUCUGUCUGUCUCUCUCUCUCUCUCUCUCUGUCUGUUUCUCUCUGUCUACUCUCUCUCUCUCUCUUGUAUUCCUAUAGGAUGUUAGCUAUCACAGUCCUCUCUCAUUCUCUCUCUCUCUCUUUCUGUCUGUCUGUCUGUCUCUUUCUGUCUGUUUGUCGUAUUCCUGUAGGAUAUGAGCGAUCACAGUCCUCUCUCACUCUCUCUGUCUCCCUCUCUCUCAGUCUCUCUCUCUCUCUGUCGUAUUCCUAUAGGAUUCCUCUCUCAUUCUCUCUCUGUGUAUCUCUCUCUAUGUCUGUCUGUCGUAUUCCUGUAGGAUGUGAGCGAUCACAGUCCUCUCCUACUAUCUCUGUCAACCUCUCUCUUUCCCUCUCUCUGUCUAUUACUGUAGGAUGUAAACGAUCCCGGUCCUCUCUCUCUCACUGUCUGUCUGUCUGUCUGUCUGUCUGUCUCUCUCUCUCUCUCUCUCUCUCUGCCUGCUAUAGGAUGAGAGCGAUGCGCGUUUACGGUCUUCUCUCACUCUCUCUCUCUCCCCACUCUCUCUCUCCCCACUCUCUCUCUCCCCACUCUCUCUCUCCCCACUCUAUCUCUCUCUCUCUCUGUCGUAUUCCUAUAGGAUGUGAGAGAUUAUGGUCUUCUCUCACUCACUUUCUCCCCUCUCUCUCUCUCUCUCGUAUUCAUGCAGGAUGUGAGCGAUGCGGUUUUCUCUCACUCUCCACUCUCUGUCUCCCCCUAUGUCUCCCUCUCUGUCUCUGUCUCUCUGUCUCUCUCUCGCAUACCUAUAGAAUGUCGCCGAUUACAGUCUUCUCUCUCACUCUCUCUUUCUCGCUCUCUCUCUCUCUCGCGCUAUGUAUGUCGUAUUCUUGUAGGUCUUCUCUCUCUCCAUCCCCCUUUCUCUCUCUCUCUCUUUCUGUCUGUGUCGUAUUCCUGUAUGAUUUGAGCGAUCACCGUCCUCUACAUUUUCUUCUAUUUUCUUACUCUCUUUCGAUAAUGCCACUUCGCCUUCCUGCUGUCAAUUACUUGCUGUUUCUCUCUACUUCUUGA